ACAAGUUUGAUUUUACUGCUCUAGAUGGCAAAGAGAGAUGGACAGCAUACAGAUUCAGAUUCACAAGAAAUGUCUACGAUAUAUGGAUGCCAACUCAUUUUAAGAGAAUAUGCCAACUACCUCCUCUGCGGAACAAACAAAAGUAUUCAAGCGGCCAAGAAAGAAGCAGUAACUUUAUACAGCCCUCUCGCCCUAAAGUAACUCAGCAAAUUCACCUACCCUUACUCAGUUUCCUGCUCUCGGAAUAUCCAUGUUUUGGCGAGAGACUUGAAGAUCACGCAAAAUACGUCCCAGCUUUAGCAAGGAGAAGGCGAACAUGCAGAAGUUGGCAUUCAUCAACCAGGGUUGACAAUUGGACAGAUAAUCUUAAGGGAUACGGGAAUAUCAGUCGCUAGCAUAAACCCCAGUCUACUGUUAACAGAAGUUUUGUAUUCAAUCUUAGUUUCUUCUCACUCAACAAAUUAUCGGAGGCUUUUCUUCUAGAAUUGCACUCGCACCCAUAAUUUCUCCUGUCAACCCCUGCGUCGCAUCAACGUGUUAGAGUUACCGCUUGUGCU